GUUUCCAAACUCGAAAGGCGCUAAAAUGAGAUUACCGCUAAUAUACGACGCUUACAGUAUAGAAGUUCGGUAGUCGUAACAAAAUAUUGUUGAGGACGGUAGAACGAUAAAUUGGUGUCAUAAAGCUUACGUAUCAUUAUGUAUCGAGAGUAAAACCCUUUUAUUAACCGUGGUUGUAGUGAUGAGGUUCAGAGGUUCAAAUCAGGGGGAAAAUAAUAAUAAUAAUAAACACUUUGGUCUCAGCUAAGGGAUGAACUUAUACGUCAUCCUAGUGUUUCACGGUGACAAACAAGAAUUCUGUGUAAUGAUUGACCAAUGAAAUUAACUGUAGUAUUAUAAAGUAGGUUAAUUUCCAUCGCCCAAAGUAUGUUAGUGUGAUAAUGAGCAUACUGGCUUGUGGUAUAUUUGCAUUGUUGUUGCGGAGAUGGUUUCAUGAAAUAGAUGACCAUUUGCAUGGCUAUCAAUCAUUUCUGAAAAAUUGUUACAGUUCCACUGUCGAUUUACUAAAACGUUUAUAUUCUUAUUGAUUUCAGAGUGUGGACUGGAGAGAUGGCGACGAAUAAAGUGUGCUCGGACCUCCCGCCAUUUUUGUGUCUGUUGUGUCUAAAAGACUGCAAACAGCCAAGAGAACUUCCGUGCUACCAUAACUUUUGUUUACUGUGUAUAGAUAAGUACAUCAGAUCGGAACAUGUAGUCAACCAGGAAAAGACUUACUUUCCUUGUCCUGUCUGUGAUCACCCAACUGUAGCCAAAGACCCCACGGCACCUGCCAGCAAAUGGGCAACAUUUCUGCCAGCAAACGCUCCCUUUCACCCACCAGACACAGGGGGGUUGGGGUCAGGGGGUAUGAAGUUUUGUGACGCCUGUUCGAGAGAGGACCAGAAGGUCAACGCGCAUGUCUGGUGUAAAGACUGCAUGGAAGCCAUAUGUAAAGUGUGCAGCGAUGCUCACAGGAAAAACAAAAUGUCUUCGUCUCAUACUGCUAUUCCAUGGGACGUGUAUGUUCGUACCAGUUAUACACCAGUUAUCAGUGUCAAGGAGACCUGUCCCGAGCAUGAUGGGAACAGACUAGAGCUGUUCUGUCUGGAUCAUAACUCUUUAUGCUGUACCAUGUGUAUAACUCUAUCACACAGGUCGUGUCAGCGUUACAAAAGUAUCGACAGCAUAGUUACAAAGACCCCAUUUUAUCCCCAGCAGGCCGAAUGGAAUAAUAUGAAAGAAGAGGCAAGGAAACUCAUUGAUGUAGAGGAAAGUAACAUUAAAAAGCUUGAACAGAAAAAAUCAGCCCUUUUGAAAACCAUGUCUGCGAACGUUCGAAGAUCAAAAGACAAACUUGACCAACUGUUCGCCAGAUUUCAGGAUGAUGUUGAUUAUAAAUACACGUUACAAUGUAAAAACAUUUCCAGACAAGAACGAUUUCUGAAAGAGUUUCAAACAAACGUAGAAAACUGCUGUCAUUUGAUGACUCUCUUGAAUACGCAUGGUUCAAGAAAUCAGAAAUUUAUCGGCAGAGAGCAGAUGAAGUCUCAACUAUCUAGUCACUUCCGGCGACUACACCACAAGGUCAAGGACGUACACAAUGAAGUUGACCUGAUUCUGAGGGUGAACGACGGACUGGACCAAAUCAUGAAUACUGUGACGUCUUUGGGAGAAAUUGACACAUCGACGUCCAUUUCUUCUGCGUCAAAAGAUACACUCACAAAUAUUAGCACACUGAUCGAUUCUCUCCAUGAGAGCUCUCCAUCACAAUCUUUAGCUGAUUCGUGGAAAUCCUCCGACACGUCCAGUGCCGUUCAGCAAGGUGUCACGGUUUCGUCACCAACAUCACCUACUUCGCCUACCAAAUCCUUGGACGUACUUACCGCCAAUCUGACUCUGGUCAAGUCCGUGUCCAGUCCGAGUCUCGGAGGCGGUUAUAAAGUCCAUCUGUCAGGGGGCGUUUUCGUUGAAGGAGAGGGGCUUAUUUUAGCCGAUUGCAAAAACAACCGUCUGAUGCUUUUCAACGAGACGUACGAUUACAUUAACAAUUUCGUUUUGGAUGGUCAUCCUAUUGAUGUGACUCGCGGAUGUACUGCUAAGGAAGUACUGGUGGCAAUGCACCUGAACAAAGAGAUUUUGCGAUGUACUUUACAAGGUGGGGUUCUGACUAUCGUGAACAAAAUAAUAGUCCCAGAAUUUACGUACGGUAUAGCUGUCCUCGGAACCAGCAUACUGACCGGAACAUUCAAUGACGUAAAGCUGCUUACUACUGAAGGUAGGGAACUAAAGUCUGUACCGAAAGUCGGGGACUGUGCAUACGUAGCAGCUUCAAACUCCCAACGGACAUUUUGUCAUCGGGACGGUAACGCCAUUGUUUGCCGGGCGCAGGAUGGAACCGAAUCAUUUCGAUAUGUUUGUCGGAGCCUACGGGAACCGCGUGGGAUUGGUCUGGAUAGGGAUGGCAAUAUAUACGUGUGUGUUUAUCAGGGCGGGAGCAUCCAUCAGAUUUCAUGGGAGGGGUCAAGAACAAGAGUGAUUCUGCCAAGUCUGGAAGGCAUUACCAAGCCCUGUGCAAUAGUGGUGCAUCCGUCCGGACAUCAACUUCUGGUGACGUCACAAAAAGAAAAUGUUGCCUUCGUAGUGUACAAGUUCGAUAGCAAUUAGAGCAAUUAGGUUGAUGGAUACUUUGAUGUUUGAGCUCCACACGGUCAACAAGGAACUGUGUAGGUGUUCGGCAUUAUCAUGCAUUUGGCAUGAAAGUAUGAUAUAUUUAGUUUCGAAUGCAUCUUGACAUUUAUGAUAACGUUGUAAUGAAAACGUUGCAUUGUUGAUUUCAUUUUCAUUUUCAAGUAACAUUUAGGUAUUAACCAAAUAAGUAAACAUUUAAGCAUCCAUCGACCAAAUCACACAGUUGACGCGCCGUUGUAAUACACAAACUGUAAACAGUGCACCGAUUAUCGUUGUCUGUGCUAUACAGCAAAACUCGAGCUCAAAUGCGUCCGUCCAUGUUUUUCAACUUCAGUAACUCAAUCGUGUUUCCGGUCCUCAGAGUUUACAGCCGUUUUUUUGUACAUCGUAACUGUUACAAAUGCAUUGGCAUUGCCACUCACUAUAUAUUGUACCCCUGAACUCUGACCUGGUGACCUUUAUCUUUGGUCGCUUGCUUUCUUCUUUGACCGUAUCGUUUAAGAAUGAGAAUUCAUAGCUAUUAUAAAAUGAAUAGGGCUAUUCUCGGUAGGAUUAAUUAUCACAAAAUACAAAUAAUAGUAUAUACUACUAAUUAUUCUAUCAAAAUCGUGUCAAAAGGUGUGUAGAGACUGAAAGCAAUCUUACGGGUGUUUUGUAAAUGUAUAACAAUAGGAUAGGCGUAUGUAUACACUUCCAAUUAUAAAUGUGCUAUUGUUGUGAAAGUCAACGUAAGUGUAUAAUUGUAGAAAAUGAUUAACGGGUUUGGGAACUAUGACAACCAUAAAAAACAUUCAAUGACGGGACUCCAUCUCUCCCAGAGUGCAUUGCAGGUAAAUCCUUCAUGAAUCCACUCUGGAAGAUAUUGUACGGGACUAUGUAAAUCGUUCAAUGUGAACUUCAGUGUAGUCAAGAGUCGCAAACAUGUCAGUUACUCCAAGGGUGACAACCAAGUGUGGUUUGGUUUGGUUUAUUUUGUUUAACAUCCUAGUAACAGCUAAGGUCAUUUAAGGACGGCCUCCCGUGCGUGCGAC